CUUAAUCUUAACUUGAAAGUUGAAACCCACAAAAUGGGAAGCCCUCCUUCCAACUUCAUCACAACCCCAGAAUCUUUGGAUUCCAAACACUUCAACCAUCUUAACCCUGAAGACCUUCGAACCAAAGCCCACAAAGCAGUCGAUUUCAUCGCUGAUUACUACAAAAAUAUCGAAAGCUACCCCGUCGGUAGCCAAGCUCAGCCCGGUUACCUGAAAAACCGGCUACCAAAGACACCACCAGACACGCCUGAGUCGUUAGACACGAUUCUAAAAGACGUACAAAACGAUCUCAUCCCGGGUAUUACUCACUGGCUGAGUCCAAACUUCUACGGAUACUUUCCGGCUUCGGUGAGUUCAGCGGCCUUCAUUGGUGAAAUUUUGUGUACCGGUUUUAAUGCUAACGGGUUCAAGUGGGUUGGUUCACCGGCUGUGACGGAGCUUGAGAUGGUUGUGAUGGAUUGGCUCGGUGUUAUGCUUAAACUACCAAAAAGCUUCAUGUUUUCGGGCUCUGGAGGCGGCGUUGUGCAUUCGACAACAAGUGAGGCCAUUUUGAGCACCAUUGUUGCAGCUAGAGAUCGUGUUCUUAACGAAAUUGGUAUCGAAAAUAUCGGCAAAUUAGUCGUGUAUGGGUCUGAUCAAACUCACUCUACGUACAACAAAGCAUGCAAGAUAGCGGGUAUUCAUCCAUGCAACAUACGGUCUAUUCCAACAAGUGUGAAGGAUGAGUUUGCUCUGAAACCUGAUAGUCUCCGAAAAGUCAUAGAAGCUGACGUGGAAGAAGGGCGGGUCCCACUUUUUCUAUGCGUUACGGUUGGGACCACCUCCACGACUGCAGUGGAUCCUGUUAAAGACCUUGCUGAGGUGGCAAACAAGUAUAAUAUAUGGGUCCACGUGGACGGGGCAUAUGGCGGAAAUGCAUGCAUAUGCCCAGAGUAUCGACCUUUUCUUGAUGGAAUAGAAAUGGUCGACUCGCUGAGUUUGAGCCCGCAUAAGUGGCUACUCUGUUACGCGGAGUGUUGCUGCUUGUGGGUUAAAAACCCUAAUUUGAUUGUUAAUGCGCUUGGAACCAAUCCUGAGUACUUGAAAAACGAACAUAGCGAGUCAGGCUCGGUGGUGAGUUACAUGGAUUGGCAAGUGGGGACGUCGCGAAGGUUUAGGCCUCUACGUUUAUGGUUCGUCCUACGUAGUUAUGGCGUUGCAAACCUACAAAAUCACAUUCGUUCGGAUGUCCAAAUGGCGAUAACGUUCGAACGACUUGUGAAAUCAGACGUGAGGUUUGAGAUUGUUGUACCACGAAGGUUUUCCUUGGUGUGUUUUCGGUUAAAACAACUAAACGGGUUUGACUCCAGCUACACCGAGUCGUUGAACAAAAAGCUACUCGAGCGAGUCAACUCAACGGGCCGAGUUUAUCUGACUCACACCGUGGUUGCUGGGAUUUAUAUGCUGAGGUUUGUGGUUGGAGCCACACUCACAGAAGAAGGCCAUGUGAUUAAAGCUUGGGAGGUCAUAAAGGAGAUGGUCAAUACUAUCGUGAACGAGUUUUAAUUAUUGGAAAAUUACAAAAAUGUCAGUUGACUAACCAUGUUUUUGAAUUUGUCACGCUCCUGCGUCUGUGGAAGCUAGGACCUCUGAGCAUGGGAUGAGUCGGCGUAUCAUGUUGAAGAGUCCAUGUAUCACGCUCCUUCCGAAGAGUCCACCGACGCUUCGGAAGAGCACUGACGCUUCGGAAGAGUCUACUGACGCUUCGGAAGAGUCACCGACGCUUCGGAAGAGUCCAUCGACGCUUCGGAUGGACAUAGACUCUUCAACAUGAUACGCCGACUCAUCCCAUGCUCAGAGGCCCGUCCACGGACGCAGGAACGUGGCAAUUUUGAAAACACGGUUGAUCAA